AAAAAAAGCUGCUGUUUUAUGAAAUUUCCAGGAUGAGCAGCAGGAGAAAGAGAAUAAUAAAUAACACAGGCACUUGACCACUUAUUGUAGAGUGUAUGUAGAGUACUGGGGGAAACGCUGAAUGGACAGGAACAUAAUUGAGUUGGCUUUUAAGUUUUAGAUCUACAGCUAAGAGCUCUAUAAAGCGUAUACUGAUUUCUUAUUUUAUUUGCUGUUUUCGUCCAGGCUGGCUACAACACGCAUCCCUUUCCUUCCCCUCCUCUCUCCCCUUCACUCUCUUUCACUCUCUUUCACUCUCUUUUUCUUGCUCUCUCUCCCUAUAUAUAUCUCCCUCUUUCUCUCCUCCUUUCCCCCCCUUCUCUCUCAUUUCCUCACUACUCGUUCUCCUCAAGUAUGAGUCUUCCUACCUCAAACCUUCCCACAUCCAAGCAUAGCGAUGCCACCACCACCCAAGACGCCCUCCACCCCCCCACCAAUACCUCCGCCGCCGCCGAACUCACCAGUCUUAAGAUAAGGCUGCGCGGUGCACUGCGUCAGUUCCCAGACUUCCCCUCCAAGGGUAUCUUAUUCGAAGAUAUCCUCCCGAUCUUUGCAGACGCCUCUCUCCACGAAGCCCUGAUAAGGUGUUUGGAACUACAUAUUAUCGAAACAUAUGGACAUGACCAGAAACCGGAUGUAAUCGUUGGUUUGGAAGCCAGGGGGUUCUUGUUCGGACCAUCACUGGCGCUGAGAUUGGGAGCCGCGUUUGUGCCAGUGAGGAAGAAGGGCAAGCUCCCUGGGCCCGUCGAAACGGAAACCUAUCAGAAGGAGUACGGUCAGGAUUUCUUUCAGAUGCAGGUAGGCUCUAUCAAACCUGGGCAGAAGGUUGUUGUGGUGGAUGACAUUAUAGCGACAGGCGGAUCCGCAUGUGCAGCUGGAACGCUUGUUCAAAAGCUAGGAGGAACGCUGCUCGGCUUUAUCUUCAUGCUUGAGCUUGACUUCCUCAAGGGACGUGAAAAGCUCCCUGCUCCGACAUACACGCUCCUCUCGACACAAUAAUUCCUUCUGCCAUUUAACAUUGAAAAGCCUUGCUACGCUCAACCGUGCCUUGAUUGAUACACGUUUGAUCUUCGUUUUAUUUUCCAGAAAAUGAGAAAUGACAAAAAAAACUAAAAUCAACCAUGAAAAAGAUGACAUAAUUACACGGGAGGAUGAUACCAUACCGGUGGAGGAUUUUCCUUAUUUCAAACGCAGAAAAAGAUUAUGCAGCCCUAAUACCUCUGAUAGACCUAGCUUUGCUGCCACUCGAUUUUUUUUUUUUUUUGUUCAUCAUGACUUCUUGAGCUUGAUCCCACAUCAUGCAUGUCUUGUUUUUAUGAAAUCUCCCCUUUUUACCCAGUCCGUGCUGCCACCCAUAAUAAUAUAUUCCAUGGCCGUUCUCCAAUUUUUCUUUGUUUUAUGCGACUUCCUGUCCCAGAUGGCCGUCGAGGCGAGAAUAUGCGUUCGAAGCCAUAAAUAAUAAUGCCAAUUUCCAAAAAGCAUUCUCUAACAAACUGUUCUUCUUCUGCCUCGAACUAAUGCAUCAAUUGGAGCUAAAACUUUCCGAGAGAAUAGGCCAUUGCACUAUACAUCAAAUCUGGUCUCUAUCUGCAAAUCUCUUCCUGCUUUGUGAGACAGGAGGGUUAUUUCUUACGAGUAGUAUCUUAUCUGUCUCCAAUCGGCUUAACAAGAGGAAAUAUUGCACAUGUUUCACAACCUGCCCAGCUGAGUCACAACGAACGACCUUCCAUACAGUAACAAUGAUAAUCAUUCACCUGUGCGGAACGAUCAGACAUUUCGAAGCUCAUCCGUCAAUGGCUGUUACAGAGAUAUUUCUGGAUUCUAGAACAAUAUGAACAGGAAGUCAAGGAACACUGCGGCUGAGACAAAGGUUGCCGCGCCCAACCCACGUGCCCAGCCAUUUGAACCUGCUCUCCUAUCUCCCAAUGCUUCUAUUUUAUAUAUGCAAUGCAAUGGCUAUUCAAGCAUCCCCCCACAGUCUAUGUUUCCUAAAAAAAAAAAAGAAAGAAAGAAACCCAAAAACUGUCUGUUGUACUCGUUCCCGCCGGGAUAACUAGCUAGGAUUCGGGCUCGCCACCUAGACUUCGGCUUAAUUCUGCAUAGUUCUGCAAAGCCUAGCUCUAGAUUGUGUCCUCCCCAGCUGUUGCAAGCUCCUAAGAACAUAUCAGUGGGACUGAUGAUAUAGCUUAUUUUGAGUGUGUCAAUCAUAGAACAUCCAGGCUGCAGGUAUGUAUUUAGGUCUACAGAGUUGAAGAUGCUGUCAUCACCCAUUUACAAUAUAUAUAAUAACAAGGAAAACAACUGUGGAUUUUGUAAAUUACUCUUAGAUCUUAACAGAGCCUGUUUCUGUAGCUAUAUAUGUGUAUGUGUACAAGGUGUUUAUCUUUUCACAUAACCUGGCUUAAUUUAACUUACCAUCAAUUUGCCUUAAAAACUGCAAGUUAUCAACAAAUAAAUUUAUCAUAUUUUG